GCCAUCACAUUGCCUGAGCACAGCACAGGCAGACUCUCUCCCAGCAGCCACGAUGCCAUCCGUUUGGCUCUCGAUUUUCGACAUUUUCUUUGGCUUGGCUCGCCAAGAGCUGAAGCCGACUGUCUAAUCCCAAUGAGCCCCUAGCGUGACGCGUUGUCGAUCUCGCCAGCCUUUUAUCUCAGCCCCGAGUGAUGAGUUAGCCGGAGUCAUACUGGCGCCGAGUUUACCGCUGACGACCUGCAGAAGGGCGGUCAUGAGGCGGCCAACGAGGCAGCGAGAAGGCUUGACGCAUGCCAUUUAAGACCAACGGCCUUCGCUUGUCGACCCGCAUUGUUCUUGUCGUCUGUACCUUGUUUUAACCGAGGGGCAAAGACACGACGACGAUCGAGGAACGAAAACUUCGACGGCCCAACCUUCACAAUGGCAACCCCCUUGGACCCACAGCAUCCCCAUGCAGCCCGGCAUGGUCUGCCAAAGCGUCUUGUUCUGUGCUGCGAUGGGACCUGGAUGGACUCCUUGGGCAUAAAAGGCGAGCCACCAUCCAACGUCACCCGCAUUUCGCGCGUUUUUCGUCGGACCUGCAGCGAUGGCACACACCAGGUCAUCAACUACUUCCCCGGUGUCGGCACUGCCAACCCCAUCGACCGUUUUAUGGGCGGCGCGUUCGGUAUGGGCCUCGACCAGGACAUUCGCGAGGUGUACAACUUUAUUUGCGCCAACUACGUCGACGGCGAUGAUAUUAUAUUGAUAGGAUUCUCCCGCGGCGCGUUUACGGCCCGCUCUGUUGCUGAUUUGAUCGCUUCCAUCGGCUUGCUUACCCCUGAGGGUUUGGAUCAUUUCCCUGCCAUCUUUGACGACUACGAGAACAUGGCCAACACGGGCCGCGAUGGAGACUAUUACGUUGUUCCCAGACUGCCCGAGUAUGAUGGCUCGCACGGGCAAGCCAAGAUCGACUGGGAGGCAGCCCGUAUGCGCAAGUACAAGCGUGGCUUGAGAGAGUUGAAAUACACACGCGACACAUACCAUGACGGUGUGACCGAGAUCAAGAUCAAAGCUCUCGCCGUCUGGGAUACGGUGGGCACACUCGGGAUACCGCCUGCCCCUGUGAUAGGUGUCCGUGGAUCGGCCGACCAAUGGACGUUCACCAAUACACAAAUCUCCAACAUGGUGGAGAACGCGUUCCAAGCGCUCGCCCUCGACGAACCGCGGUAUGCCUUCCGCCCAUCUCUGUGGGAGCGCCUCCCCGGGAGUGCCACCAACUUGAAGCAGGUCUGGUUCCCCGGGAACCACGGCAACGUCGGUGGCGGUUGGCACGACCAGCAGAUCUCCGACAUCACCCUGGCUUGGAUGUGCGACCAGCUCUCCACCCUCGGCCUCGAGUUCAACUACACCCGCCUGACCACCCUCUUCCACGAGACCCUCCGCUUCUCCGCCGCCCACCCCUUCCCCUACGCCCCCGGCGGCAGCGGCAACGGCCGGUCCCUUCUACCCUCCAUCCCCAAACUCCCCGUCGACUCCCUCAAACGCUCCCUCAGCAAGCUCCUCCGCGGCAGCAGCAGCAAACGCAACCCUACCACCUCCGCCAAACCCCCCACCACAACUACCACCAGCACCACCAACGGCCCUCUCCCCUGGGCCCACCCCCCCAUCUUCAACCCCCCCAACCCCUACCCCACCACCCGCGACAGCACCGAAUGCACCCUGCGCGUCGGCCCCUCCCACCCGCUCGCCUGCUUCUCCCCCACCCACACCCACACCCCCUCCAGUCCGCCCCACCACCACAACCCCCACCACAACCCCCUCCCCAACCCACUAACCCUCCUACAGCACGGCGCCCGCCCCUGGUCCUUGGGAACCAUCCGCGCGCCCACCAGCACGCUGACCACCAUGGCGGGCAAGACGGUCCGGCGCCCGGGCCGCGUGCUGCGCGUGGACGAGACGACCAACGAGGACACGUCCGAGCCGCUGGUGGGUACCUGCGAGCGGGUGCAUGCCUGUGUGCGGGUCAGGCUGGUUUGUGGCGGGUUGGGGUUGGAUGAGGGGGCGGUGUGGGGGUGUGAGGCGUUGACGGGGCGGGGGGAUGGGGUGGCUCUCUCUAAUGGUGCUGGUAUUGGUAAGGGGAGGGGGAAGGUCGGGGGGUUGUGGAGGUUGGAGAGGGGGGGUGCGCUUGGGGAGAGGGAGGAGAAGGCUGUUAGGGAGGGGUUGCAGAGGGGGCCGAGGGAGGUUAGGUUGGGACGGCGGAGGGAUGGGAGUGCUGCUGGUGCUGGGGGGGCUGGGAAGGAGUAUCCCGUGGAUGUGCUGUAUCCGGUGGGGGAGGAGGAUCAUUUGUGGCGGUGGGCGUGGGAGGGCAAGGUGGAGGGGGAGGGGCAGACGCGGGUGCCGCAGGUGUUGGCGCUGCCGGAGGAGCCGUUGGUGGGAUACUGGGAGCGGUAUCUGUUGAAGCUGAUGAUUGGGGAGGUGGAUGUGUGGAAGUUUGCGCAGCGAGGGCUUCAGGGGUACUAGUAAUCAGGAGGUGGGAGAGGUUAACUAGAGUUGUUGUUCCGGGCGUGAGCUCUAUGAGGGGUGCAAGUGGAAUAAUGCUAAUAUUGACGUGGGAAAGUCGACCUUAGAAUGUUCUAUAGACUCAGCCGAAUAUCUACUGCGGUAUGGGCAGUGUAAAUAAGCUGCUAGUUAUUACCUAGUCUAUCCCACGGCGUACGACUUCAAA